AUGCUCACUCCCGCAACGGAUCAAGGCUCUAGGGGAUUCAAGAUGCUUCGCCGCCAUUACGUGCAAGCAAGCAAAGCUGGAGCUCGGGCCCGUCGAUUACAGAUCGUCGUGGCUCAGCUCUCGUUAAGCCAGAAAACCUUCGAUAGAAUCGAAUUCACUCUGACAUCUGUCGAAGCCAACCAGUGGAUUACGGCUAGGCAAUCUCGACGCCUAGGAAAGGGCAUGGUGUGCAUCAUUAAACUUUUGAGUAGUCGGUCUGUUCUUCUCCAGGGGACGUACUCAGGAAUCGAAGGAGAGUUGAGUCGCAUAGCAACGAAGAAGGUUCAUAGCGUACCGCGAAGCGGCGAAUCAGCGUGGCCAAUAGGCGAAGAGUCUGAAAUGAGGUGA